AUGGACAUACGCUACUCGGACUAUCCGCAUCAAAGCAUCACCAACAUCGCGACAUUCUGCCAACUUGAAACCCUCUUGUUUCUCACGACGUUCAAGAAGACGCACUACGUCAGACCAUCCGUAAUUAUGCGCGCCGCUACCGCUCUCCUCGGCGCUCUCGCCGCCACCAUGGUCGCCGCCAAUGACAUUCACCUCAACAUCCAUAAGAGAAUCGAGCCGACCAAGAUUGUCAAAGUCAUCGAAGCCCGUGGCACGCCCGAGUGCACCAACGCCUACAAGGCCUUCGCCGAGGCAGUCACCGGCUCCGACCCCCUUCCCACACCGCCUUUCGAACUCGAGGCAUGGGCCGCUACCGCAGACCUCGCUACCUCCACGACGGACCUUUGUGCAACCAUAUCCGUUACAGGCUCCAUCGCCCCUGUCUACACCUCUUGGUCUAACUCCGUGAUGUCGUGGCAGACCGCGCACAUGUCCGAGCUUAGGGACUUCUGGCACGAGUGCACCGACAUCCCCGCCGUCUCCGCCGAAGUCAAGAGCUUGCUGGAGGCUGGCAGCUUUUGCACAAGCAGGCUAGCUGAGAUCACCAGCGAGCCCUCCAACAUGGCUCCCAGAGAGACCGGCAUGGCUGUUGCCGCUGUUGCCGCCGCCGGCUUUGUCUUUGCUGCGAUGCAAAUAUUGCCCCGUGUGCUGACGGUUUCUUGUCCGGCGCACAACAAGUUUCCGACUGAGGAUGCGGUGAAUUAUGAAUUCGAAUACCAACUUGAGUAG